AAAAACAAUAAUUUUUAACUGAAAACUAUAAAUUAAAUAUAAAAGUAAAGUACAAACAUAAUUAAUAGUAAUAAUUAUGGGUUUAGGACGUUUUAAUUUGCCUAAUAAAUAUAAUCAUAAAUGAAUGUAUAACAAUCAAUUAAUCGUUACACAUAUAAGCAUGAAAUGGAGAAUUUAGAAAAAUGAAACUAAAAUUAUUUUGAAUUGUCACAUAAGAUAGAGAAUUAUUGUGAUGGUUCUGAUAUGUUUCGCUUUAUAUAAUUAAUUAAUUAAUAGAUUGUAUUAUGAGAGUAUACAGUAUUUUCCAAUAAACAAUCUAGAAAAGUUAAGAAAAUGAGCCCAAAAUAUAGAGGGCCAACUAUACUAAAAGCCCACUAUAUCUAGUUUUUUUUAGAGACGACUAUACCUAGUUUUAUUACUUUAUACACUAUCCAAGUUGAUCGAUCCCCAAUUAGUCGGUUUCUCUUAAAACAAUUGAUUUUCCUGAUUUCCUCCGACUUUCUACUACUCGCCGUCGCGCUGCCGGUGGAUCCCUCGCUCUUUCCGGAUUCUCGUCGAAGGUGUUAAAUUUCUCAACUUCUACUCAAUCAGCCAUCAUGAUCGUGAAAAAUAGGCCAUUUUUCAGGUUCGUGACGUUUGGCAGGCUGCAUAGUGCCAGCGAGGCAGUGCAAGAUUCAUUCGAUGUAACGAAAAGGGUCUGCAAGAUCAUGAUGUCCUGCCCCAAACUAGGCCUAGACACGGUUCUUGAUCAAAGCGGCAUUCGUGUCUCCGAAGACGUGGCCGAGAAGGUCCUUGAGCGGUUCGAGAAUGCUGGGAUGCUAGCUCACCGGUUCUUCGAGUGGGCCGGGAAGCAGAGACACUACGAGCACAGUGUUCGAGCCUACCACAUUAUGAUUGAGUCGAUGGCGAAAAUAAGGCAGUACGAGAUCAUGUGGGAUCUCGUGAACGCCAUGAGGGGCAAAGAGAUGCUGAAUAUCGAGACUUUCUGCAUCAUCAUGAGGAAGUAUGCGCGGGCACAGAAGGUAGAUGAGGCCGUCUACACGUUCAACAUCAUGAACAAGUACAACGUUCCUCCCAAUCUGGCUGCGUUCAAUGGCUUGCUGAGUGCUCUGUGCAAAUCUAAGAAUGUGAGGAAAGCUCAGGAGAUUUUUGAUGCAAUGAAGAAUGAUCAAUUCUGUCCAAAUCCAAAGAGUUACAGCAUUUUGAUUGAAGGAUGGGGGAGGGCUCCGAAUUUGCCUAAAGCUAGAGAGAUCUUCAAUGAGAUGGUUGAUUCCGGCUGCAAACCGGAUAUUGUCACGUAUGGGAUCAUGGUCGACAUCCUCUGCAAGGUGGGGCGCACAGACGAAGCAGUUGGAGUGGUUAAUGAGAUGGAGUUGAGAGGCUGCCAGCCAACAUCUUUUAUUUAUAGUGUUUUGAUACAUACAUAUGGGAUUGAGAAUAGGAUUGAGGAUGCCAUUGAUACAUUCCUUCAGAUGGAGAGGAACGGAGUGAAGCCCGACGUGGUUGUGUUCAACUCCUUGAUCAGUGCUUUCUGCAAAGUGAGCAAAUUCGAAAACGCCUACAAAGUUGUGGAUGAGAUGGACAAGAAGGGGGUGAGUCCCAAUUCAAGAACCUGCAAUAUUCUCAUCAACGCCUUGAUUGGCCGUGGGGAGACAGAUGAGGCGUUUAAGGUGUUCCGGAGGCUGUCUAAAGUCUGUGAGCCAGAUGCAGACACGUACACGAUGAUGAUCAAGAUGUUCUGUGAGAGAGAUGAGCUGGAGGUGGCUCACAAAGUGUGGAGAUAUAUGGAGAGGAAGCAGUUUGCUCCGAGCUUGCACACGUUUUCUGCACUGAUCAAUGGGUUGUGUGACAAGGGCGACGCCUCUAGGGCUUGCGUCUUGAUGGAGGAGAUGAUGGAACGAGGGAUUCGCCCGGGGAGGCACACGUUUGGCAAGCUGAGGAAGCUGCUUCUCAAGGAAGGGAGGGAAGAUGUAGUUGAGUUUUUGCAGGAAAAGAUGAGUCUCUUGGUGAAAGAGCCUCUAUGUGAUUGAGAUAUAUAAUUGUUUGCUAUUGAGUUUCAAGAAAAUCACAUUCCGUUUCCUAGUACCUUCGCUCUGCAGCUUGCCUUUUUCGGCUAUGCAGCAUCUUGCUCAAACAUAUCAUGCCUAUACAGUGUUGCAGCUUGCCUUUUUCGGUGAAAAAUGGCCACUGAUGGAGAGUUGCAGCACUGAAUAUGCGUGAUGUUUGAAACCCAAGCUGGACCAAGAGCAAGAUAUCAAGCUCUCUGCACAAGGAUUGAGAUAAUGGUUGGAGGCAAGCUCAGAUGUAUCGGGAGUUCUCAGCGCUAGAGGUAGUUUUCUUUUUCCUAUAGUUAACAAGUUUUAUCGAAGUGCUUUCGUUGUUUGAUCUUGCCUCUCUCUCGUCUUCAGGUUAAACCUACUGAAGUGAGCUCUUUGGACUUGGAUGUGAUGUGCCAAACAAUUCAAGACAAGCUCUUUCACAUGGCUUCUCCGCCACAAAGCAUACUCAACGACCUUGAAGGUUGCAUAGGACGUGCCGACAGCAGUACUGCUGAAACAGUGGCAGAAAUCAGCUUAUCAAAUGAGAUGAUUGUGACAAUUGCGCGGUGGCUUGGUAAUGAAGAACGAGUGCAAACUCUUGUAUCAGCAUAUAGAGAUUCUCGUGGGGCUUUUGGUGAACAGUUGUCAGAGCAGUUGCUUCGUGAUGGAGGGAUCUAACUGCCGUUAUUUGCAGAGUGGUGGUUAACAUUUGUCCAAUCCUCUUUCAGAGUGGUGGUUGUGAUGGAUUGAGUGUUAAAUACCAGCUGCCAUACUAUGAAGAUCUCUCACUUGCUGAUGUUUUUGGGCACAUGGAAAGAAACAGAAACGCGCUUGGCAUAUCUGAGUAUAGCAUCAGCCAAUCCACACUCGAAACUAUAUUCAACCAUUUCGCGACUAAUCCACGAGGUAAGCUAUCACAUAUCUUGUUUCUCUACUUGUCUUUGUAUAACGGGACCUACCUUUUUGAGAACGGUCUUCAGAACUUCAUUGAGUUAUACCCGUUGUAAAUAGCACACUUUUACCAAAACUGAACUACACUACUUAGUAUCUGUGACAUUUAAUGAGACAAAGAUGAGGUUAAAGUGCAA